AUGGCGUCCUUGCUCGGGGAGCAACUAUUUCAAAUUAGUGGUCAAGGUCCACCACCUCCAAAAGAUUUUUUCCAACUUGUUAUUGCCAAAAAUGAGGUAAUAUGGAGAUCAUGGAAGAUUUCUUUGCGGUUUGAUAGCCGGGGCACUCCACCCAAAGAGCUGAGGACAUCCCAUCAGGAUUUCCUACAUCAGAAAAUGCUACAACAACAACUUGGUGCUGUUUUUGGGCAGAGGAUCCUGGAAUACACAAUAUCGCUUUGUCAAGGAAAGUUUGAUUACCUGGAGCGAUUACCUGAUGAAAUUAUGCUCCAAAUCAUGUCCUACCUACAGCUGAAAGAGACAACACUUCUGGCACAGGUUUCACAUAGGUUCAGAAAGCUCUGCAAUUCAGAGAGGUUUUGGGAGCACAGUGUGAGGAAUCGCUGUGCUGGAUUUACCAGUGACAUGGAGGGCGUAGCCAAUGCCAUGGGCUGGAGGAAGACAUUUUUUACCUUGUUCCACACCAGUAGCAGUAAGUGGCAGCAGUGAAGCAACUGAAGUUAUAUUACUGUUCUGAAAAAACUGCAAUACAAAUCCUAUCACAGUGGAUGAAUAGCCAGAAUUAAUUUUGCACCUUGUGAAACAAGAGGCAGUGUCUUCAGUGAGGUUUAGUAAGUGUUCUUAAGUUUCAAAUUUAGGGUUGAUAUGUGUUAUCUACAAAAAAAUAUACAUUCUGUUGGAUUAAAAAUGCGUAAUAUUCUUCAAAACAAAUCAGUAUAUUUAUGUGGUUAAUUUCUUGUUGUUCUUUGGAUAACAACAAUUACCACUAGUAUUCAGUGGAUAG